CUCACCCCCGCCUCACCGCACCCUGCGCGGCAGCAGGCGCUCGCGCCGCCCGCCAUGGCCUCCAUCAAUCCCUUCCAGCCCGAUCCGCUCUCCCACUCCGAUGCCGGCGCCGCAGACGAGGGCGCCGCCUCGCCGCACGCCUCGCGCAGUGCCCUCGCCGCCCUGCCGCACUCGCCCUUCCGCGACGUGCCCUCGCCUGGCGUCAAUGGCGCGCCGUACAGCGACAGCGCUCUGUUAGAAGCUCAGGACAGCCGCAGCGCGCUCGCCGCCUCGGCACGGCCCGCGCCGCCGCGCCGCUCGCUCUCCUCGUCGUCGUCGUCCUCCUCCGCCUCGCUCCUCUCCGACGCCGAGUCGGGCGCCGCCUUCCCGCUGCGCUCCUCGCGCAGCGGCUCGCACCGCCCGCGCUCCGUGCUCGAGCGCAUCCGCCGCCGCGCCCGCAGCAUCGCCGCCGUCGACUCGCGCGCGCGCGAGGAUGCCUUUGGGCCUGGCACGGGGCGCGCAGGGCGCGGCGCGGCGGUGCGCGGCAUGCAGCGCAAGGAGAAGGCGCUCUGGGACUGGGCUAACGUCGAGGACCUCGAUGCCUUUCUCAGCGAAGUGUAUGCGUACUACACCGGCAAGGGCAUCUACGCCAUCGGCCUUAGCCGGCUUCUCAAUCUGCUCACCAUAGCCUUUGUCAUGGGCUUCACCACUUUUCUCUCGCGCUGCAUCGACUACUCGCUCAUCCGCCACGACGGCAAUCUGAGCGAGACGGUCAUUCCGCAUUGCGUCGCGCGCUCUUCCGGCGCCUCGCUGCUGCUGCUUCUGCUGCUCGGCAUGCUCUACGCGUGGCAGGUCGUGCAGUUCGGUGCGGGCAUCAGCCGGCUACGGGCGAUGCAUGCGUUCUACGAGGAGCUGCUCGAGGUGCCCGACGCGGACAUUGCCUCGAUUCCCUGGUCGCAGAUCGUGACACGCCUGCGCAACUUGCGCGACACGCACCCGACAGCCAUCUCCUCUGCCGGUGCAGGCGCACACGAGCGCUCGCUUCUGGACGCGCACAGCGUGGCAAACCGCAUCAUGCGGCGCUCCAACUACCUCAUCGCGCUCUUCAACAAGGACCUGCUCGACCUCUCGGUGCCGCUGCCGGGCAUGCGCAACCGCGCGCCCGUGCUCACGCGCACGAUGGAGUGGAACCUCAGCUUCUGCCUGCUCGGCUUUGUAUUUGACCGGCGGGGACAGGUGCGCAAGCAGUUCAUGGACGAGCGGUAUCGCGCGCAGCUCGUCGAGGGCCUGAAGCGGCGCUUCAUCUUCAUGGCGCUGCUCAACGCCCUCUUUGCGCCGUUCAUCGUCAUCGCCGUGCUGGUGUACUCCUUCUUCCGCUACUUUGAGGUGUACCACCAGGACCCCAAGCAGAUCGGCGGGCGCCAGUACACGCGCCUGGCGCGCUGGAAGUUCCGCGAGUUCAACGAGCUGCCGCAUCUCUUUACGCGGCGCUGCCACGCCAGCUAUCCGUUUGCGCACAAGUACAUCGACCAGUUCCCCAAGGAGCGCACUGCGAUUGUCGCGCGCUUCGUGUCCUUCAUUGCCGGGUCCUUUAUGGCCGUGCUCGUCGUGGCCUCAAUCAUCGACCCGGACCUCUUCGUGCACUUUGACAUCUCGCAUCAGCGCACGACCCUCUUCUACAUCGGAGUCUUCGGCGCCAUUCUGGCCGUGGCGCGCGGCAUGGUGCCCGACGACCGCCUCGUCUUCGAGCCCGAGGUCAUCAUGAGCACCGUCGUCGAGCACACGCACUACUGUCCCGACGAGUGGCGCGGCCGCUUCCACAGCGCAGACGUGCAUGCGCAGUUCUCGGAGCUGUACCGCCUCAAGAUCUACAUCUUCGUACAGGAGCUCUUCAGCGUGCUCAUCACGCCAUGGGUGCUCUGGCGCAGCCUGCCGAACAGCGCGCCCGAGAUCAUCGACUUCUUCCGGCAGUUCACGGUGCACGUCGACGGCACCGGCUACGUCUGCAGCUUUGCUGUCUUCGCUCGCAACAGCAAUCAGCGUUUCGGCGCCUCAGCGAACGUGCCGGAGGAGCGGCUCUCUGCCACGAAGGACGCCAAGAUGGAGGCGCGCAUGGAGCGGUCGCUCUAUGGCUUCGCGCUGGAGAACCCCGAAUGGCGAGCGCCGCCUGACUCGUCUGCCUCGGCAUUCUUGGAGCGUGUCGGCGAGGCGGUGGCAGCGCAAGCUCAAGGGAACGGCAUCGCAGGCGCACGGCCCACUGUCGGCGGUGUGCCGAUCUCCGUGCCCGGCAUGGCGGCGCGCAACGAUGCGCUCGCCUUCUCGUUGCAGGCCAAAAGCCAGCUGUACGAGUCAGCCUUCGCGCGCAGUGUGGCGAAUGCCUCGACACCCGGCGGCGGCCUGGGUGCGCGGAGCCGCCAGCGAGGCGCAAGUCGAAUGCAGGCCGUCGAAGAGACGGAGCCACAAGCGCCUCCGACAGCGGAAGAGACGCAGCUGCUCGACGUCGGCGGCCCCUUCAUGCACGCCAGCGACGACGCCUCCGCACUGCCGCAUGGUAGCGAGUUGGGCGCCGACUCGGCAUCGGCGGCGGCUCGCGACCGAGCUGGCCUGCAGGGCCUCGUGCGGCAAGCGUACGGUGGCGCGCCAGGCGCCCGCUGGUGACCCGCCUCGUCUCUCACCGCUGUUCACGCUGUCCAUGCUCUCGCUGUAUCACUAAAGCAUCGAUUACCACGCCUC